AUGGAACAGCAGAACCUCACUUCCACAGUGACAGAAUUUGUCCUUUUGGGCCUCACCCAGAGUCCUGAGAUUCAGCGAUGCCUCUUCAUCAUCUUCUUCAUAGUGUACCUUACAACCUGGGUGGGAAAUGUUACCAUCAUCAUCACUGUGAUAACUGAGCACCAGCUCCACACCCCCAUGUACUUCCUGCUGGCCAACUUGGCUUUCCUAGAUGUCAGCGACUCAUCAGUCACUGCUCCCAAAUUGCUGUUGGGUCUCCUCUCCCAGCACAGAACCAUCUCAUUCAAUGAGUGCAUCCUCCAGAUGUUCUUCUUCCACUUCUUCGCUGGUGCUGCAAUUUUUGUUUUUGUGUUGAUGGCAGUUGAUCGGUAUGUAGCUAUCUAUAAACCAUUGCGUUACUUGAAUAUCAUGAACCAGGGUGUGUGUGUGGGCCUGGUGGCAGGGGCAUGGAUGGGUGGAUUGGCUCACUCAAUUGUUCAGAUUGCACUGGUCCUCCGGUUGCCAUUCUGUGGUCCAAACAUCCUGGAUAAUUUCUACUGUGAUGUCCCACAAGUCAUCAAACUGGCCUGCACUGACACCUACUUGGUUGAGUUGCUGAUGGUCUCCAACAGCGGGAUGCUCGUCAUAGUAAUGUUCAUCAUCCUGCUCAUUUCAUACACCAUCAUCUUAGUCAAGAUAAAGAAACACGUCACAGAUGGGAAGCGCAAAGCUCUGUCCACCUGUGGAACCCAGAUCACAGUUGUGUGUUUACAAUUCAUACCUUCCACCUUCAUCUACGCUCGGCCCUUCCGGAAAUUCCCCAUGGACAAGUUGGCCUCAGUCUUUUUCACCCUAAUCACCCCGAUGAUUAAUGCAAUGAUCUACACCCUGAAAAAUGCUGAGAUGAAAAAAGCCAUCAGGAGACUGAUGAGAAGAAUCCUUUUCUCAGAGAGGAAAUUAUAA